AUGCCGGCCUUCGGUCGCAUUGGAAGGCACCACAACCGCUCGCAGCAAGCACUUGUUGAUCCGGGCGGAGAGGUUGCUGCUGGAUCUGGCUCAGGCUCAGGUUCAGGUUUAGGAGGUUCAGCGGCAUCGCAUCCCACGCCUGGUCCUUCCGGCCCUGCUGGUGCCGCCGGUGCUCCUUCCUCCUCUUCUCACUCUCACUCCUCCUCCCUCGCUCCUGCCUUGAGUGCAGGCUCUGGCACAACCACGGCCAACAACGCCGCCGGCGCUAAUAGUCUCAAUCAAAUUACCCCCCAUUCAGCCUCGUCGACCGCCUUCAGCUCCAGCGAAUCCUUUGACAUCCACCCAAACCAGCUGGCAGCUCAUCAACAACAUCAGCUCCAACAACAGCAGCAGCAGCAACAACUCCUUCAACAACAACACCAGCAAGGGCAGCAAGGGCCAUCUCCACUGCAACAGCCCCACGAUUACCAUCCUCCUGCCUCAACCUCGCGCAACUCCCUCCUGUUGCAGCACCACAAUCCACCCAUAGCUGAUUUGCGCCAGAGGAGUCAGCAGGAUUACACCGACUCCGUCUCCCGCUCCCAGUCACAGCGCUACCCGCCUGGCGUGGCCCCCUACUCCAAUAACGCCAAAACCGGUGCUGCAUCUAGCUCCGUCGACAACCUCAGAACUUCCGUCAACAGCACCUCAUCUGCUCCCGCCUCCGCUCAAACUCAAGCAACCUCACCUCUUCCGCAACAGCAACCGGCCCCCGUCCCCGAAAAGCGAUCUGCACGAAAGCUGCUCAGGAACAUUUUGGGCGGAUCGGGCCGCGAUCAUCACAACACCCCGCCCCCCCAACCUACCCCGCCAAGUUCCUACGAUAACACCGGUGGUCUUGCUCGCCGACCGUCCAAAAGAGUGAGCAACCCACCACCCGCAAGAAUUACUUUGUCCCAGCAGCCGUCUCAGCAGUCCUUGGACCAACAAUCUGUCGACUGGCCGCUUACGGCACCUCAUCAACAACCUUCUCCCUUACAGGGCGUCGGCGAGACCGAGCAUCACCAAUUUGCACAAGACCCUAACAGAGACCCUCGUCUACAGAACCCCGAUUCCAAUCGCAACUCCAUUCGCUACGUCCCGACCGACUUCGACAAUACCCCUUACGAAGAAGCCGACUACGGAGAUCGCCAGCCACAGCAGAUCCCGACCGUACAGGAACAGCACCAACACGGUCAGCAGCCUGCUUACGACCCCUCACAGCAGCAGUACCAGCAACAAUACUCCAACCAGCAGCCUGGUCAGUACCAAGCUGGACCACCCACGAUCUAUACUAGUCACUUGGGUGCCGGUUCGCAUCAAAACCCCGAGACUGUUUCCCAGUUGUCGCAUGAAUCACCCAUCACUGAUUCAGACGCUCUGUCGGCAAACGUACAUUCCAGCCAAACCUCCCCCGCAGUGAGGUACGCAGUACAGACCACAGACAGCCCGCUGCCUCCAACACUUCCCCCUGCCCAGCAAGGAGGACCUCAAGCCCAGCAGCAGCAGUCGCAGCAGCAGAAUAUGGCCCCUCCCUCUGGCGGCCCUCCCCCGAACAGACGAUCCCAAGAGACAGAGAAGGCAUUGCGCAGUCAGGUCGACGCAUCUGCAGGCCCUCCCGGUUACAGACAAAGCCAGACCAUGCCUCCCACCACUGGCAGCGCCAACGCUGCCUUCCGACCAGGCGGUGCUGCAGACUCGCGGCAGUUUGAAGGCGCCACCGGAGAGCAAGGCCGGAACAGCCCACAGCCCUCCAACCCCGAUCGCGACGGCACAGAUCCCGACAAAUUCAAGGAGCUUCUAACUAAGUAUAAGAAUGUUAAGCGGUUGUACUUUGACGGCAAGACCCAGAUCGAUAACCUCAACUCUCAAAUUGAGGUGCUGCAAAAUGCAGUCGCCAACCAGCGAAUGUCACAGUCGCGGACUGCCCUCGACGACAGCGAGUAUAUAACGAGAUUCAGCCGUCUGAAUGGUGCUAUCAACAAUCUGUCAUUCAAUAUCAGAAAAGAUUGGCGUACAGUACCGCAGUGGUUAGACAUGUUCGUCAGCAUUGAUGCUCUUAAGACCGGAAAACAGGAGAUGACAGCCGUUGGUCGUGCCGUCAUUACUAGGUGGAUUGUAGAAGAGAUCUUCAACAAGUGCUUCCAUCCCGGCCUCAACUUCGAGCUCAGCCGGCAGCUGAAGGAGAUUGAGCUCAACAUCCGCCGCUUCUCGUACACGAUGAGCAGCCAAGAAGAGUUCGAUGCAUUGACAAAUAAGGUCGUGAGCUGGCGAAUGGCUACCCUUGAGGGUCUGCAGAGAGUUCUCAACUCCCCGGAGAGUGCAGACAACAGGGCGGACUUUACUCGGAUGUGCACAUCGAACCUCACGGCGACACUUUUCCAGUACAUGACAGACCCGCCGCCAGCUGGAGUGGACGGCAGCGCGUCCAUGAUUGUUGAAUUGGCCGUUGGCAUCGCAGCCAACCUGCCGCUAGAGAGCAGAGAUGUCGCAAUUAACUAUCCCCUACCUGGAGACCCAAUUCAACUGAACAUCAUGGAUGUCGAGAAGACGCCGCUUCCACCUUUGGAAAUUCAAAAAGCGGAGGGCGAAGCAGAGGCCGAUGAAGGCGAUAAGGACAAGAGCGGCAAGAACCAACGGGCGGACAAGACCAAGAGCGGUAUGUUCACAAAUAUACUCAGCGGUGGACCGCAGGCGGGCCGCAAGGGCAGCACUGCGUCGUCAAUCGUUGGCACAAGUACUGAUACCGCCCUUCCUUCAGCUCUUCCCCCUAAGGACAACAGCACGGUGAGACUUGCGGGCUUCCCGGUAGUGGAAGUUCGUGGUCGCCAGGUUCUUGUCAAGGCGACUGUUUGGGCACUUUGA